UCUUCUCCAUCUUCCCAUUUAUCUGACUCUGAUUCUCUCUCUCUUUCUGCAGCAUACAAAAUUAGUCUUACAAUAAAUGAUGUUUCGGUGCUAAAAGCCCAUUAACAGCCCAUCUUUUCUUCAUUUUUUCUCCUUUCCUUGGUAAUUGCAAUCUCCCUCUCUCUCUCUCUCUCUCUCUCUACGAGUGGGGCCUGUGCAUUGCUGCGUGAGCGUAAACGUAUCCACGAGUUUGUUUGCUACGAUUUUGUUUUCAGGAUUUGGAAUGUGUUGUUGAACAACAACUAAGCUAUACGCCUAUAUCUAUGGAGCCUUCUGCUUUGGAAGGAAGUUUAAGUAUGGAGCAGAAGAGACAGCUAAUCUAUGAAGUUUCGAAGUGGCCAGAGGCAGAGGGUGCAUCCGAAAUGUUUCAGGCGUGGAGCCGCCAAGAGAUACUGCAGGUCCUCUGUGUAGAGCUCGGGAAAGAAAGGAAGUACACCGGAUUAACAAAGUCGAAACUAAUAGAGAAUCUUAUGAAAAUCGUGCGUGAAAAGAUAUCACAGGAGCCUGGGACUGCAAAUGCUUCCGAAGUGGAUCCUUCAUUAGAAAACGGUGAAAGGACUCCCAAGAGGCAAAGGAAAUCCGAUCAUCCAAAUCACCUGGUUGUUGCAAACAGUGCUGCAGUUGUGACAACCGACAUUGAUUCAAAUAAUAAUACCAUGUGCUGUAAGAACUCAGCUUGUAAGGCCAAAAUGAAUCACAAUGAUGUCUUCUGCAAGAGGUGUUCAUGCUGCAUUUGUCAUCAGUAUGAUGACAACAAGGACCCCAGCCUGUGGUUGAUUUGCAACGCGGACCCUCCAUUUCGUGGUCUGUCCUGUGGCAUGUCGUGCCAUCUUGAAUGCGCCUUACGGCAUGAGAGUUCUGGCAUCUCACAGGAUAGGCAGGAUAAGGGGCUCGAUGGGAGCUUCUGUUGUGUAUCUUGCGGAAAGGUGAAUGAUUUGCUCAGUUCUUGGAGAAAGCAACUGGUACUGGCAAGGGAUACGAGGCGUGUUGACAUACUGUGCUAUAGGCUCUCCUUGAGCCAGAAGAUUCUUGCUGGUACCAAACACUAUCAGCACCUAUCCAGCAUCAUUGACGAAGCAGUGCAAAAGCUCGAAGAAGAUGUAGGCCCUCUAACCGGUCUACCUGUGAAGAAGGCUCGAGGGAUUGUGAACCGGCUAUCAUCUGGCCCAGAAAUUCAGAGACUUUGUGCUUCAGCUUUGGAGUCUCUAGACUUCAUGCUGUCUAACAGAGCUUCUGAUAUGUCUUCUGUAGGUUGCUAUGUACUUGGCCCAGAAUUUGUCAGGUUCGCUGAUAUCCGUGCUUCAUCUCUCAUGGUGAUUCUGAAUCCGGACGAUUCAGAUAUGGGAGAUGUCGAUGGAUACACCUUGUGGCAUCGGAAAGCUGAUGAUGCGGACUAUCCUGUAGAGCCUACUUGCAGAUUGUUUAAACCAAACACUAAGUUCUUGCUUUCCGGUCUAGCUUCUGCAACGAAGUAUGUUCUCAAGGUUGUUGCCCUUGACACGGAUCAAGAGGCAGGCUUCUGUGAACUUCGGUUUCAGACUCAAGACGAGGUGCCAAAGUCUAAAAUCUUGGAAGUGGAAAGGAGUGAGAGCCCAGUGACCACCAACUGCAGCAGUCUGUCUAAUCCCUCUUCUGUUGAAGACGAGACAAACAAUACUGUCCCUUGCAGCAACGUCUCGGAUCAGAGCCAGAAGGAGGCAACGACGAUGGCUGGGGAUAUAAUAUCUCUGCUGCACGAGGAGUGCAGUAUGGUAAAGACCAGCUGCAGCCUACAAGAGGCAGGCACAUUGGUGAAAGAAAGCAACAAGGAGUCUUCAAAUGUGCAAAUGGCUGAGGACACGAGCACUGACAAUGGGUCUAACACGCCUCCUCGGACUGGCCUAGAAUGUGUCCCCAGCUCGGAAGCCGGCCUGCCCAUCACUCCCUGCAGGUUUGAGAAUGCAAAAGAGGACACUGGCAGAGGCAGCUGGCCUAAAUUUGGCUGGAAAGACAUCAAAACGAGAGGUGAGAGGGACACGGAGCCUCAAGCAGGGAGCACAUCAAGGAAAAGGAAUGGUGAGAGGAGAGAUGAGGAAUGCAGUGGCAUAGGAGACAAGGACUUUGAGUACUACGUGAAGGUGAUCCGUUGGCUGGAGCGCGAGGGCCAUAUUGAGAUGGGGUUUCGCCAGAAAUUCUUGACAUGGUACAGCCUGAGAGCAACGCCACAGGAGGCACGCGUUGUGAAGGUAUUCAUCGAUACGUUUGUUGAAGAUCCCGAGUCUCUUGCGGGGCAGCUUGUUGAUUCUUUCUCUGAUAUGGUUUCGAAUAAGAGGUGUUUGACAAUCCCGGCUGGAUUUUGUUCGAAGCUUUGGCACUGAGACAUAGAGAGACAUAAAGAGCUUCAAAGGAUUAUGAGCAUGGGAAUUUUUUAUUGAUGCUUUAUUCUUUGAAUUUUAGAAAAUAUCUUAGACAUCAUUCUUCAUUGAAAGUAGCCAUUAUUGAAUUAAAGUAUUUUGAUACAUAAGAGCUUGGCUUCUUGUGAUAUGAUCAUAACUUUUGUGCUCUACAAAUUCUAUAUCUUUUCAGCACAGCUGGAAAAUUUAA